AUGCUCCGUUACGUGGUGAUUACCCUUUAUCUGAUAGAGCCAAGCUUAGUGGAGGCUCCACCGCCAUUGAAACUCGCUAUAGACUGUUCUAAAGGAUCGGACGCUCCCUACAACUCCAUCUACAAACCAAGAUCACACCAAAACUCGAAUAAUCAAUACAGAUCUGACUCGUUCUGCAGCCUUAUUCAUAACUCAAUCCCAGAAGCCGUCAAGGACGGGAAAUUCCUUUUAAUCAGAGAUCCAGACCAAAGCAGUUUCGGAAACGAACCAAUUUCUAUAUCGGUACUACCUCCUAAAGGUUUCAUUCCGAAAUUUGGACCAAAAUUUAAAAUACCAAAAGUAAGAGUUCCGAAAUUGAAAGUGCCGCGCUUAAAAACGUUCGAAGGCCCGUUGGCGCCUAGAGUCGGUUCUCCGAUGAGGUUUGGAAGCCAAAGAGAUUCUGCCGACGAGGAGUCGAGUGCUGAACGUAUGGAGAGGUUCAAGAAAGGAGUGCAGAAGAUGCUGCAUGUUGUCAAAGUUCUGGGUCAAAUUGACCAAUACUUGUCGGAGAGGACUCGCAUAAUAGUCGACAAACUUGCUAAGACCUUUUCCGAGUGAUGAUCACAGUGA